AUGGAGAACACUUUCCGUGUUAGAAAGGGUGCCUGGACGGAAGAGGAAGAUAUUCUUCUGAGGCUGUGCAUUCAGAAGCAUGGAGAAGGAAAAUGGUACCAAGUUCCUUCCAGAGCAGGCUUAAAUAGAUGCAGGAAAAGCUGUAGACUGAGGUGGCUGAACUACCUAAAUCCAAAUAUCAAGAGAGGAGGCUUCGGAGAAGAUGAAGUGGAUCUCAUGAUUAAGCUCCAUAAGCUGUUGGGUAACAGAUGGUCACUGAUUGCUGGUAGGCUUCCGGGGAGAACAACCAAUGAUGUGAAGAACUACUGGAAUACGCACCUGCGCAAGAAGGAAAUUUCUCGCAUCAAAGAUGACGCGAAAGAAAAAGCACAAGACAUUGUGAAAGUGAACGUCAUAAAACCUCGACCUCGGACCGUAACAAAAAAAUUGACUUGGUUAUGUGGGAAACCUACAAUUGCAAAAAGCUUUGAACCAGAGGACAUCGUUAGCAACAUAUCUCCAACAUUAAUGCUAUCAGAGAAUAGGCCGACUAAACGGUGGGAAGGAUUGUUAGAUCACAAGGAAGGUGAUGAAAGAGCCCUAUGCACCAUAAUUGGGUUAGACGAGGAGCCCAACAGAGUUCACUGGGGCGAGAAAAUAGCACCAGAAACAAAAAUGGGGGACACUUUUGAUGAUCAGGAUGGUCUGAGUUGUUUGGCUGACUUCUCUUUUGACAUGAGCCUCUGGGAUUUUGUUAACGCAGAUCAAGAAAUAGUAUAAUGAUCUAGUGAUCUUUAGCUCUUAUAUGUUGAAAUAUGAUUCAUCCCUCGUAUUAGAAUAAGUAAAUCAAGGAUGGAUUAAUGUUAGGAUUAUAGUUAUAGCACCACUAAUU